UGGAGGAACUUGCAUCCCUGCAGUCCUAAACCCUGGCGCCUAGAAUCCUGAGGGUGUCGCACCGUAUGUCACUGCAAGCUCACAGCUGUCUGUAUUCCUGCUGCUCAUCAUGGCUGCACUGCUGCACUGGCUACUUCUCUGCACAGUUUUAUCUUCUGCUGAUGGUUUUUUCGUGGACACUGAUCAGCCAAUCAUCUUCCAGAAUUCAGACAGCAGCUUUGGAUACCAAACUGUGCAGUUCGGUCAGAGCAGGGUGAUUGUGAGUGCUCCUCUGCAACAAGAUGCCGUGAAUAAAACGGGAACCUUAUAUAGCUGCAAUCCUGCAACAUCAAGAUGCCGACAGAUUAAUAUUAACGGGUCUCCUGAGGAUAUUAAUAUAUCACUUGGACUUACUAUAGCGGCUCAGGAGGGCAACCCAUCCCAAUUACUGGCAUGCGGCCCAACUCUACAGAAAACUUGCGGGAGUAGCAUCUAUGUACUGGGACGAUGUUAUCAACUGGACAAUAACCUGAGACAACAGCAAACACUUCCUGCCUCUCUGCCAGAGUGCACUAUUCGCAGCCUGGACAUUGUCUUCCUCAUCGAUGGAUCAGGGAGUAUUGCUCCAAACGAUUUUAAAAAAAUGUUAACAUUUGUGUCAAAAGUAAUUGAAGACUUUGAAGGAACUGACACGCUGUUUGCCAUCAUGCAGUAUUCCAAUGUCUUUACUCGACAUUUUGAUUUCAAUGAAUUCUCAGCUACAAGAGACCAUAAAUUGCUGAUAAGUCAGAUCACCCAACUGGCAGGCACCACCUGGACUGCUACUGCCAUACAGAAAGUGCUGAGAGAACUCUUCAUCUCUAGUAGUGGUUCUCGUGUAGGAUCCCAGAAGUUUCUUAUUGUGAUAACUGAUGGAGAAAAAUAUGGAGAUUCGCUUGAAUACACAGGACCCAUUGCAGAGGCAGAACGCAUGGGAAUUGUGCGCUUCGCUAUUGGGGUUGGAAAUGCCUUUGCUGGUGAAGCUAAAAGAGAGCUGAUUACUAUCGCAUCUCAACCAUCUGAUAAAUAUGUCUACAGAGUCAGCGACUUCUCUGCACUCAGCAAGUUCCGGAAGGAUCUGCAGGACAAGAUAUUUGCUAUUGAAGGUGUACAGGUACAGACUGGAAGUGGCUUUCAGAAAGAGAUGUCUCAGGAUGGGUUCAGCUCAGUUCUAUCAUCUGAUCUUAUUGUGCUUGGGGCAGUUGGGGCCUAUGACUGGUCAGGAGGAGCUUCUGUGUAUUCAAAAAAGCAGAUGAAGAACUUCUGGAUAAAUGAAACACAAGAUCAAAAAGACAUGAAGGCAGCUUAUCUAGGGUAUGCAGUGCAUCAGUUGUCCUCAGAUCUGAUUGCCAUUGGUGCACCAAGAUACCAACACACUGGAAGUGUCCUCGUCUAUCAGAAAGACCGGUACUCCUCCGACUGGAACCAAAGAGCUGUUAUUAGGGGAGAGAAGAUUGGUUCAUACUUUGGGUCGGUGCUGAAUGGAGGCUUUGUCAACUCCCAGUUACUCCUUUUGGUGGGGGCACCGACCUUUUACACUCCUGACACCCCAGGAGGACGUGUGUUUCUCUGUCCCUUAAAUACCAAGGCUUCAGUGCUCCAAGUCUCGUGUCCCAUCACUCUACAAGGGGACCCUACUCAGUACUUUGGUCAUUUUGGUUCUGCCUUGUGCCUUCUGCCAGAUUUGACUGGAGACAAACUUAUUGACAUGGCAGUGGGGGCACCAUAUGAAGACCAAAACCAAGGGGCAAUAUACAUAUUUCCAGGACAGAAGGGGGGCUUUAGAAGAUCUUACAUCCAGCGCAUUGCAAGUAGUCAGGUUGCUAAAGGACUCAUGUUAUUUGGAAGGUCAAUGAGUGGGAAUCUGGAUAUGACUGGAGAUGCACUACCGGAUCUUUCAAUAGGAGGUGCAGGGAAAGUCCUUGUGCUCAGGUCUCGGACAGUUGUUGGAGUCUCAGUGUCCAUGACCUUUAACCCCAGUGAGAUACCGAUUUCCUCUUAUGAAUGCCCAGAUGCUGAUACAACAAAGAUAGCAACAACUAUCAAAAUGUGUGUGACCUGCAAGAGGAAGACCACAGCAGGAGAAGUCUCUGCCCAGAUGACAUACACUCUCCAACUUGAUGCUGGUCGCAUCCAGAAGAGAGCAGUGUUUGACAGAACGGAACAUUCACUGCAGAAAACAUUUUCAUUAAAUGAAGGCCAUAACUGUAUGACAUACUCUUUAAGAUUGCAUGAGUGUGUGGAGGACUCCCUGUCACCUCUCCGUGUUUUUCUUAAUUUCACUUUAACUGGACAAUCUGUUCUCAGUGAGGAUUCACCUACCAGCCUCUCAGAACAGGUUUCCUUUCAGAAGAACUGUGGGAGUGAUGGACAGUGCCAGGAUGAUCUAAGGAUCAACGCCAGCUUUGGAGAUCUCAGGCAUCUUGUGGUGGGGGUGUCUCUUGAGGUUAAUGUCACUCUCUCGGUGCAGAACUAUGCGGAAGAUUCAUACAACUCUAGAGCUAUUAUAACUCAACCCCCAGGACUGUCCUAUAGGAGGGUGUCUCUAAUCCAGAGCAACAGGCGCCUGAUGACAAUUAAAUGUUCUACUACUGAGGGGGAGAGAUAUGUUGUCUGCAGUAUCAACAACCCUCUGUUGAGACCCAAUGCUAUGGCAAUCUUUGUGGUCAGUUUCCAUGUCUCUUCUUUGGCUGAUCUGGGAAACCUUUUGACUAUUACAACCAAUGUUACCAGUGACAAUGGAGGAGCACCCAAUGACCUAAUGAAAUCAACUGCCCAAUUAAAAGUGUUGUAUGGAAUCUAUGUGACUAUCACCAGCCUUGAAGAAUCCACUAAGUACACAAACCACUCUGCAUCAGAAAGAAGUCCUAUUGAGCGUGAAGUGAAGCACGUGUACAAGGUUGGGAAUCAGGGGCAGAGGUCAUUACCACUAUCCAUUAUAUUCAUGGUCCCUGUGAAACUGAAGGAGACUGUUGUAUGGAAGAAACCCAGCAUCACUGUCUCUGAGGAAGAUCUAAGCAACAGUACGACGAUAUGUAACAAUACUGGAGAAAUAACCAAUGCAGAAGAAUUCAAGGAGCAAAUUGAAUUUCGCCCAGUUCUGAAUUGCACUGUGAUGACAUGCCUCAGGUUUGAGUGUACCAUUAACAGUUUGGACAUUCAGAAAUCAAUCAAUUUUUCAAUCACUGGACAAGUGACCAAAGACUGGGCCAAUCAGUCUCCCAACCAGAAAGUGCUGCUCCAAAGUUCUGCGGAAAUUGUGUAUGACUCGGACAGAUACCAACACAUCCUAGAGCAGAACCAACCAUUCACCAGUGCUCAGGCCCAGACGGUGCUGGAGGUGUACACUGAGUACAACUACCUGCCUAUGAUCAUUGGGAGCAGUGUUGGGGGUCUGGUUCUUCUGGCUCUGAUCACUGCUGCGUUGUAUAAGUUGGGGUUCUUCAAGCGUCAGUAUAAAGAGAUGAUGGAAUUACCAGAAGGACAAACAGGUGGAGGUGAAGAUGUUGCAAUGGAAGCCCAAUCUGAGCAGAAGCAAACGCAGUAGAACAAUAAUCUCAUGUUGGAUUGUGCAAGGUUGUCAAUAGUGAUGGGCAAAUAAAUUUGCCAGUCGCAAAUUUGUGGCGAAUUUCUGAAUUUCUAAAUUUGCGAAACU